UUUCUAGAACUAGAGUCACUGCAACCAGACAAGAAUUCACUCCACCACCACACAGUAUUGACUUCGAUCAAUAUCUCCAACUCUGGCACGGUGCGACAACAACUCAUAUCUGAGCUGAGCAAAGCCAUUCGAGGCGUCUCUCCUCUUCAAUUAUUCUUUCCUUCUCUCCACUCCUCAUUCCUCCCACUGUCGCCUUUAAAAUGCUUCGAACAAACCCGGCGAGAAGCGCCACGCGCGCUCUCAAUCAACUCACCAGGAAUUUCUCAACCUCGCCAGCUGUAGGAGGGAUUGCAUAUGUGAGGAAAUUGCCCUCAGAAACCAGAUCCCAAGCCACCGUUGCGACAGCUUCAGCACCAGCUUCGUCGCCUGCAUCAGCCACAAGAGAAAUCCCCAGUCCCGCAUUCAAUACCAUAACACCGAAGCGAGAAAACCCUUUACAACAUCAACAAUAUGCCCGCAGUCAAGAAAUGGACGAGUCAUUUAUUGGCAAGACUGGAGGAGAGAUAUUCCAUGAAAUGAUGUUAAGACAGGGCGUUAAACAUAUCUUUGGAUAUCCUGGUGGUGCUAUUCUCCCAGUAUUUGACGCCAUCUACAAUUCAAAACAUUUCGAAUUCAUUCUACCUAAACAUGAACAAGGAGCUGGACAUAUGGCACAGGGAUAUGCGAGAGUUUCGGGCAAGCCCGGAGUUGUGCUCGUAACGUCUGGCCCUGGUGCUACCAACGUUAUCACGCCUAUGCAGGACGCCCUCUCUGAUGGAACACCAUUGGUGGUCUUCUGUGGUCAAGUUGUUACAUCAGCCAUUGGUAGUGAUGCAUUUCAAGAAGCCGAUGUCAUUGGCAUCUCGAGAGCAUGCACCAAGUGGAACGUGAUGGUAAAGAAUGUAGCGGAUCUGCCAAAGAGGAUAAACGAGGCAUUCGAAAUUGCAACGUCUGGCCGUCCAGGACCCGUCUUGGUUGAUCUACCAAAAGAUGUGACAGCUGCUGUCCUCCGGAGAGCUAUUCCCAUGAGCAGCACGAUCCCAGCACUUCCCAGCCAGGCAUCAAAGAUGGCCCAGGAGCAUGUUCGGAAACAACUUCAAGCUACUAUUAAACGAGUAGCCCACUUGAUCAACAUUGCCAAGAAGCCCGUUAUCUAUGCUGGACAAGGUAUCAUCUCCCGUCCGGAAGGUCCCAAGCUCCUCAAGGAGCUUACGGACAAGGCCUCUAUUCCUGUCACAACGACCCUCCAAGGACUCGGUGGAUUCGAUGAACUAGACGAGAAGGCUCUACACAUGCUUGGCAUGCAUGGUUCAGCGUAUGCUAAUUUGGCGAUGCAAGAGGCCGAUCUCAUCAUCGCUCUUGGAGGUCGUUUUGAUGAUCGUGUAACCGGAGCUGUCUCAAAAUUCGCACCACAGGCUAAGGCUGCCGCCGCUGAAAAUCGUGGCGGUAUCGUACAUUUCGAGAUCAUGCCCAAGAACAUCAACAAGGUGGUCCAAGCUACCGAAGCCGUAGAGGGUGACGUCGUGGAUAACCUUGCAAUGCUUAACCCCUUGGUCGAGAAAAAGAGUAUGACGGAACGAAAGGAAUGGUUCGACCAGAUCAACUUCUGGAAAGAGAAAUUCCCACUUUCUGAUUAUGAAAGAGCAGAAAGAUCCGGUCUCAUCAAACCACAAACACUCAUUGAAGAGCUCUCAAAUCUCACUGCUCACCGCAAAGCCGAUACUAUCAUCGCUACUGGAGUAGGUCAACAUCAAAUGUGGGCUGCCCAACAUUUCAGAUGGAGAGCUCCACGAACCAUCGUCACCUCCGGUGGUCUCGGAACAAUGGGUUUUGGUCUUCCAGCUGCGAUUGGCGCAAAGGUUGCUAAGCCCGAUGCUCUCGUAAUUGAUAUUGAUGGCGAUGCUUCCUUCAACAUGACUCUCACCGAAAUGUCGACUGCCAAGCAAUUCAAUAUCGGCGUCAAGAUUAUCGUUUUGAACAAUGAGGAGCAUGGUAUGGUGACACAAUGGCAAAAUAUCUUCUACGAGGACAGAUACGCACAUACCCAUUCCGAGAAUCCAGAUUUCAUGAAGCUAGCAGAUGCUAUGGGUAUCCAAGCACGAAGAGUUGUCAAGCCAGAUGAUGUGAGAGAUGCUCUUACAUGGUUGAUUGAGAGUGAUGGUCCCGCAUUCUUGGAGGUCGUCACAGAUAAGAAGGUCCCUGUGUUACCUAUGGUACCCGGCGGAAACGCCUUACAUGAUUUCUUGGUAUACGAUGGAGCCAAAGACAAAGAACGACGAAAACUCAUGGCAGAAAGAACAGGUGGCAAGCACGGCGGUGAUUAAUAUACUCAAGCAUCGGCGCAUAUUUCCUUUCCUUUUUUUUCUCGCAACAUAUCAGGUGUUUCGGAAAAGUGCUUUUCGAAUCCAAAUGAUUUUUAUUGAUGCAUGAGCUGAAUGGUAUGCUCGUUGGGAUCAGAAAAUCUGGAUUGUGAGUCAUUGGACGUGCGAGCGAAAGAGAUUGUGUAUGUGUAUAUAGGAUAGCGAGAUUUUUGCAAUAUGAGGAGUUCAUAUUGAA